AGUGAGCGAUGAAGGCUUUAGGAGAAAAUAGGAAGAAAGCCAUAUCAAGCCUCUCUCCCUCUGGCAACGACCGCCGACUUAAAUAAAAAAAAAAAAAAAAAUUUCACGACUCACGCCGAGUCAUUACGGCGUCGUAUCCUUCCGUUCAUAUCCUCCUCUGGUUGGGGUUUGUAUUUUGUUUUUAAUUUUUAAAAAAAAUUUUCAGUUUCAGUCCUCCUGGCUUAAAAACAAAACCCCUCCUCUAUAUCCAAACCCAUAUCCUUCGAAUUUGACUUUUCUCUUUUAUCGCUUCACAGGAGUGGAGCUGUUUCUUGCUGUACAGUAAAUAAGGAAGUGGCUUUUCUUCUUUGAGUUUUAGUGUGGUAAUUGAGAAGGGGAAGAUGUACAUUAUGAACACUAACUGCAGCGCCUACACUAAUUGCGGCGCGAGGGUUUUCCAAUUAUCUAAAAUGGUACUAUUUCUUUGAAACUGGUUGGGAGCUAGAGUUGAAUUUUUCUUGUGUGGUUGAGCUUUUAGAUUUAGACUUGCGGAUAGAUAUUGAUCAAGUAGAUAAAAAUGGAAGCAAAUAUCGCAAAGGCAUCGGAUAGAAGUAGGAGAGUUGUGCUGGACUUAAAAAGAAAGCGGGCAACCCGGCUUGCUACAUAUUUAAAUGAAGUUAGGCCCACUUGGGAUUCGUUGCAAAAUAAGCUUGGCAAACGUAGGAAAUUGAAUGGGUGCCAAAGUAAGGUCAUGAGCUAUGGGUCUAAUGGGAGAUCUUUGCUCAAAUGUUAUUCAAAUUAUGUGAAAACUGGGACACCAAAGCGUUUAAUGUUUUAUCAGAAUGGCGAAUGGAUUGAUUUCCCCCAGAGUGUGGUUGAUGUGGUUAGGGAAGAUUUUCAGGUUAAGAAAUCUGCUGUAGAGGUUGAAUUCAAUGGCCAUUGCUUUAUGCUUGAUUUUCUGCAUAUGUCUCGAGUGAACUUGAAAACAACCUUACAGGAACCCAUUGCUUGGAUUGAUGAAGCAGGUAGUUGCUUCUUUCCUGAAACUUUUGACUGCCAUCAACCUGAAAUUGGGGAAUAUCAAGACCCAGUGUUGGAGGAGCCUUAUGGGCCUCAAGAGAUCAAGCUGUGUUUGGAAAUUGAAAUCAAUGGUGUCGAUCAAUCCAAGCUGAAUGAAUGUAGUGGGGAGUCAAAUGAUCUAGAUAAGCAGAUACAAGUCAAUAGUAAACCUGCUAGCAACCGCUAUGCUAUAGAUGUUGAGAAUAGUUUUAGUAGUGAGUCUGAUGCAAAAAUGGAUGAGAAUUUUCAGGAAAAUAAACAGAUACCUGCAAAUUUAGUCACAGCGCCUGUAUCUGAAAAUGAAGAAUUUAAUUGUGAUUCUGUGCAGAAGAUGUUUCUUUUGGGUAUGGGUGCUUCUGGUAGUACCGUCAUUCUUGAUACAAACCGUUGCGUAAGCGCUUCAAUGCAAGCUCGAUUUGAGCUUUUUCAGAAGCAGGCAGAACUAACCCAAAAAUGUCGUGGGGAUGCAAAUGUUCAAUAUGCUUGGCUUGCUUGUUCUAAAGGGGAACUGCCUACAAUAUUGACAUAUGGGCUUGGUCAUUAUGGAACUUCCACAAUUAAGUCCAUGUAUGGUAUUGGUGUUCAUCUUGCAGCUGCUAACUGCUCUUACACCAGUGCAAAUUUUUGUGAUGUUGACGAAAAUGAGGUACAACACGUGGUGUUGUGCCGAGUGAUAAUGGGAAAGAUGGAAGUUGUUUGUUCUGGCUCUAGACAAAACCUUCCCAGUUGCGAGGACUAUGAUAGUGGAGUGGAUGAUCUUCAAAAUCCCAGGAUUUAUAUAGUCUGGACUAUGAAUAUGAACACUCACAUCUAUCCAGAAUUUGUUGUUAGUUUCAAGAUCUCUUCCAAAACUGAAGGGCAUUUGAAUGGAAGUGAGACUAAGCUUGAUAUUUCAGGGGUUACAUCUUGUCAGGUGCGUAAGCACCAACAAUUAGAGUCUUCUGCAGUUGAUUUGAGCAUAAGUCAACCAGUUUCAGAUUCUGGGAGAUCUGAGGGGAAAGCUGCCAGUCUGGGUUCAAGCAAUACAAGAGCUCCUAAAUCUCCUUGGAUGCCUUUUCCCAUGUUGUUUGCUGCCAUUUCAAAGAAAGUUUCUUCUGAGGUCAUGGACAAGAUUAAUGAACAUUAUGAGUUGUUUAGGACAAAGAAGAUAGGUCGCGAUGAGUUCAUUAAAAAGUUGAGACUGAUAGUUGGGGAUGCUUUAUUGAGGUCUACAAUAACAAAUCUGCAAUGCCAGUUACCACUGAGAAAUAAGUGUGAACCAGAAGUUCUACAGCCUAACCUAGAAAAAGAAAAGGCUCAGCACGCCUUCAAUUGAUUGUAGCACAUUAUUACAGUCUUUGAAUGUGGUGCUCUGCCUGUGUGAUGACCAUGGACUUUUGGGAUCUUGCAAGUUGCGUGCUAGGAAAUGUGUCGACAUAAAUGUUGUGAAUAUCAUGAUAUUUGGGUGUGUUUUGGAGGACCCACUCCUCUGGAGUAAAGUAAAACCUUUCCUUUUAUGCUGUUUAAUGUUUUUUUUUUUUAAAUUUUUUUAUGUGAACUGUUUAAUGUUUAUCUCUUACUUUUUAGAGUGGCAAUAAGUUUGGCUUUUGUGUUAUUCUAGUGUGUGACACUAAAGCUGAAGGAGGAUUUAUAUAUUUUUUGGAUCAUGGAUUAUAAAUAUUUACUUCUAAGCA